AUGAUGCAGGGCAUCAUGAAAGUACAGUCGACUGAAAAGCCACUACAAUGGGUCACGUUCCUGAUCACGCGAUUCGAGGAUCAGCUUCCUGUGAAGUCUGGCCCACUGAAACGAAAGGCGCGGCUGCUGAUAAGUCAGAGUCAAGCCUGCUUGGUCAAUGUGUCACGAUUGAAAUUUUCGAUGGUGGUAGGCGGACUGGUGAAAAUCCUUCAGGCCGUCAACGCCACGAAGUGCUGUUCGGAACAAGACUUGUUCGACUCUCAGAUCAUUAUCUUGGAUACACUGGAGCAAUGUCUAUCACAGGAUGUGCUGACUCGAACCGACGAGGCGGUUAACGCGAAGAUCAUCAUUCAAGAAAUGUGCCUGAAAGUGCUCGAAGAAAUUUACCACGCGACAUGUGGCGCCCCAUGCCCCGCAAGACUUAGUAAGCAGAAAUUAUACUUCGAUUCUGUGAAGAAGGUACUAAAAAUGAAGAUUACCCAUACCGGCAAACAGCCACUGCUGGCAGCUGCAUGCAUUGCCGGUGUAAAGUUGUGCAAAGCAGCCACGUACAUUGACAUCGUCGACUCGGCGAACGUGUUCUUCGCGCUGUUGCAGUCGGUCAUUGACUGCAUCAAGAACUUUCUCUUCAGUCCUGCGAGGCCACUGUUCAAAUACCCGACAUCCUCAGAGAUCGACGUCAUGAUCGAUUGCUUUGUGGCGUUGUUUCGAUUGAAUUACAACAACGAGAUAUUCCGCAUGUGUCUGAACGCGCAGUCGGCCAUCCCCCAUCAGCUGGUUCUCGUCAUGGCGUUGUAUCGCAUCGCCGUCCAGCUUAGACUGUCCUGGUGGCCAAAGAUCACGCUGGUCUACAGUCGCAGCAACGAAUUGAGGAACAUGCUAAACGAGACGAUCACUCGUGUCAGCCAGGCAGCGACUAGCGUCAGUCUAGCUUCCGGUUUUGCGUGCAGCGGCUACGUUCCUCUUAAAGUUUCGCAGAGUUUACAGAAGGUGUCGCAUCUCACUGGCAAGUUGAGGGAUCGUGCCAGUGUCAGUUCUACAGCCGAAGAGCUCUCACCAACGAGGAAGCUGCUGUUUUGGCUUAUUCGUCUCAUGUGCAUAGAACCUACGCUGUUCUUAAACUACCACUGUGAAAAGAAAAUCGAUUCCGAUGUUGGGGACUUUCAAAACUCCACUUUAGAACUUAUGAACGGUCUAGUAAGUCUGAUCGGAAACGCUGAUCAGCUACCGGAACUGAUUACGGAAGUGAUGGAGGCCAUUUUGUGUCUCCAUCAGCCUUGCAAUAUUCUCCAGUGGAACCCGAUAUCACGAUUGUCAUCAAUGGAAACGUUUUGGUAUAUAAACUCCCAGGUGGUGUUUACCGUCUGCCAAAAGCUGCUGCACCAUCAGUUGCGCAACUACCCAGAUAUUUUGCGCUGGCUGAAGCAGCUCCUCAUGUGUCGCAAUGCGUUUCUGGCGAGCAACCGCGACAUCUGCAAUUUCGGUGCUUCUGAGCAGCUGUGCAAGCAGGCUGCGUUGAAGUUGGAGACCAUAUGUUUCUUGUAUCUUUGGUCAUUGGAUAACAGCGCUGCGGUUACUGCUUUGUCGAUGUUCCGACUGAUAUGCAAAGAGAUGGAAAUUUGUUAUUCGCCGGAGGAGCUGCCUCAAAAGUACAUGGCCUUCUCGUGCCUGGCAGACUCGAAUGAUCUUCAGACGAUCGGAAGAGUCGCGCUACAGAAGUCGAUAAAUUCGUACUUAAGAAAACAGACACUUCCAUGCGUCGGAUGUUGCCAGGCAUGGCAAGACACGUAUGUUUACUGGCAGGAUUUUGCACGCUACCUAAAAUCCUACCCUAAGUCAAAAUUUGAUGACUCUUCCCAGCUGAUCGAGAACCUCACGAACUUGCUUGCAUGUCCGAAAACUCAGCGAAACGUAGAUGUCGACUCAGAUUUGAUCUUAAAGUUGUGGGCCAACAUGAGCGGUUUUUUAUGUGCUUCAGCCGCUUCCGGAGGAGUGUCGUCGAAUACGCUGUUAAAUUCCAGCAUGUAA